CCACUGAAUGUUUAUGGUAACUAAGUGUGAUGACAGUUAUUAACAUACGAUUGGACUCGGUUAUUGAAAUGAACGAGCAGCAACAUCAUUGCAUCACACUGUCAUCCAGCAAAGAUAAAUAAAAAACAAACAGAGAAAGGCAAUAACAGCUCUCGAUUCCGGUGAAUAAAAACAAUUUGGAUAUGACUGAUGAGCCGUCAGAUGAAGUUGCUACGCCUACCUCGCAUAUCGAGCAAACAGCUGAAAUAUUUAAACUAAAUAAUGAUUGCCUAGAAUGCAUAUUCGAGCGUCUACAGGAUCUACGUAGCGAGGUGGCCUUUGCCCAAGCUUGUGAACGUUUUCAAUGGAUAUGCUUAAGCCGAUGGCGCAGCUCUCACGCUUAUGAUCAUAUGGAUUUAGAAAAAUGGCGUCUACUGCUGCCGGAAUACGAAGACCUGUGUUAUUUCACACAACAGAUGCGCCCGUACAUACGACAAAUUACGGAAUCAGCCUGCUUGUGCACAUUGCUUAAAGACUUUGACGAUAUGCAAAUUCAUGUGCUGCCCAAUGUAACCAGCUUCUAUUAUGUUCCUGAUGACAUGGACUGCUGUCCUUCGGAGCGGAGCAUACGCAAAAUGGCAAAAAUUAUGCCAAAUCUAUUGCAACUGCGACUGACAACUGCUUUGCACGGGCGCUACUUAUCAAAUUUUCGACAUUUGCAGGAACUGCAUUUGUAUGAAGAUCAGCACAAAGCUUACGAGCUGCAGCAAGAGUACCUGGAUGAAAUAUGCUGCCAACUGACCAAUCUACAAGUCCUCGACAUUCGUAUGUACGAUGCUAUAAGCAUAUUACGUUUAAAUAACUGUGUUGACUACCUCAAGAAUCUCCGCAUCUUAAAGCUAAAUCUUGCAACAUUGAAGUCUGUACUGCACGAGGUGCUAAAGCUGCCCGCACUUAAACAGCUGGUGGUGUUGCUGGAUACGGAGUGGUACAUACCAUCAACGGCAAGCGUGGAUAGCUACGAUCAUAAAAUACGGGAAGUUCGCGAGUUUUACGAGAUAAUGGAGCGCAAGGCGCCAGAUAUAAAAGCGUUUGCUGUUGAUGGGUAUUACAUGCCCUUGGAGCCUGGCUGGGAUGCGGUACUUCCCAUAUGGCCGUAUCGAAAGCUCCAGCGUCUAGCAAUAUGCAGCUGGACUCACCGUAUUGAUUUCCUGGAGCGCUACACCUGCAUGACCAAUCUGCAGCUUCUCUGUCUGCGCAACUGGACAUUCCUAUGUGAUGAUAUGCUAAUCAAAUUUAUUAAGCUAUGCCCACAUCUGCAACAUCUAGAUGUAUCUUACUGUCGAGAGUUAACGCCUAACUUUUUGCACUUAGCGCUUAACAUUUUAAAGCAACGAGAGCCAAAUAAACAGCGAUGCGGAUAUAUACGGACGCCUCCAGUGCUUCUCUACUAUGUUUUGAGCGGAUUUGAAGAUUAUGUUGAUCAAAAGGGACUCAAAACAGCACCAGAAUAUAAAGAUUACAUUACGUUUAUGGAUGCCUUUCCCGUUAGCUCAGAGCGUGGCCUUAGCUUUGUUGAUCGCGGCUAUCAGUUUGACUUUGAAUAAAUUUGGCAUCUGCGCUGGCAGAUUUUCUCGUGUAUAUAGCAGCUGUUGUAAAUUGUUUAGUUACAUAACAAUAUUUUUUUUUUUUUUGUUUGCAAGUUAACGCCUUUUGUUGCAAGCAAAAGACACAAAUUGCAGCACAGUAAACAUAAUUGUGAACAUGUUUAUUUAUCAUUAAAUAAAAUUCAUAAUUUGUGCAAA